AUUUGCAGGUCAUGCAGGCCCACUUUUUAAUGGACACUUGAGGACUUCUAAGGAAGACUUUUGAAUUUUACACCUGAAUAGCAUACUGUCGAGGAUGGCAAACUCAUACAGCCAGCGAUCUGUCGUUGUUUUGUCUCUACUUGGAAUUCUAUCAGCCAUUAUGUCCGUUUUGUCGGUCAUUCUAAUCUUCCAGUUGCAGCCUCAACACACAGCCCUCCAGGAGACCACCUCCUCGGUCAUAACCGCUGAUAUCCGGGUGGUCCUACCGCCUGUGUCCACGGUUCUGUCGGCUCUGUCUCUCACCCUUAACCUGAGCUCCGUUGUGGUUUGUCUACUGCACAGCUACUUUUCCACCGAAGUGUGUCGAGGAGAGCUGGACCCUGAAAGAGCAAAUUGGUACCUUUUGGACAGCAGAGCCGUGCGUCAUGUGGCAAUCGGACUAUUCUGCCUUGGCGUUUGUGUCUACUUGGCAGCUAUGUCCAUCUUUAUGCUCUUCACAUUUGAGGUGGAGACGGGUAUUGCCAGCUCGUGCGUCCUGGCCUCUGGGAUCUUGGUCCUGCUAGUAAUAGUGAUCUACUCGCUGGUUAAGGUUUCCCAAAUAGCUAAACGCAGUCGUGCGGACCAUUUAGAAAGCCUCUUUCAGAAUGAGCACAAAAGAAACAGUCCCAUCUCUUGGCCCUGUGAGCUGAAAAUCGGUGUGGACAAACUGCGAGUGCCCUGCAGGCAGUCUUUCCUCCAGCAUCACAUCUCGCUCACUCCAUCAAGCAGCCCCAGACACCAUCACUAUCAGCCAGAAGAUUUCCCUGCUGCUGGAGAGGAAUCACAAUGCCAUGCUAGCAAUGUGGACGGCUACAGUAGUGGGGGCGGCAGCGGUCCUCGCUCACAUAGGUCCUUGUCUUCGGAGUCUGUUUUACGACUGGCUCAGGCUAAACCCUGGAAUGGGGUCAAUAAUGAGAUGAGGAGUGUCCUGGCGCGCAAGUCUGGGAUUACAGCCAAAGACUCAACACUGGUGUGAAGUACAGGAGGCUGUUAUCCUGUUUGAAGAUGACUUAAAUACUGUGAGAAUACGUUGAGCAUGGAACUAUCACUUAAUACAGUUGGUGAUUCCAGACCACCUGGAAAUGGCAGAAAAUACGAAUCUGUGUAUGUUUGUAACCUACAGUGAAUCAUUUGUAAUCUAUGCCACUCUGGUAUUAUUACGUGAUUCAGUGACUUUUUGCCAAACAUUUCUGUACAAUGUGUCAAUAUUGUUAAGGGUCCUAAAUGAUUUCUCAUCAAUAUUCUUUCAAAUAAUUAUACUUCUCUUUAUAAACACUGUACUGUGCAUCACCACACUUGCAUAACUUGGAAUUUUUAGUGGUCGUGUACAUUUACAAUUUAAGUGUAAACACCUACAGUGAAACCUACAUGGCCAAAUGCCCCAAAAGUGCAAGUUUAAAAACAUUGUUAGAAAAAUAUGCCUCAAAAGUCAAACCAUCAUCAUGCAUGAUUCAUGUAUGAUUUGAGUGUAUGCCUAUUGCCACAACUGUUAUUUGCUUUUUCAUUAUAUUGGCUUUUAAAAUUGAUAUUGCAUCUCAGUGGAGAACUAUAGUACGUUUCUUUUAAUAAUAAAA